AUUAACAAAUUUUGUAUACGCCCCCAGGAAGGCGUUGAUGAUUGAUGCUGACUCGAACUGAUACGUAAAUAGCGAUAACAAAAAUGCAUGUCGCACCAUGGCGGUAUUUGAGAAGAAAAAAAUCCUAAAAGUAACCCUAGAUGACACUGUCAAUCUUUCGUGUGUGAUCGACACUGCAGAGAAGAAAUCUGAUUACAUUGCCUAUACCCUUCGUGUUCAGAGAGGCCCUAAACCAGAGAAUUCAUGGACUCUUACUAAGAGAUACAGUGACUUUGCAUCUCUUGAUUCUCAACUCAAAGUUUCUAAUAUAGAAAUUACUCUUCCCCCCAAGAAAGUAUUUGGGAACUUCAGCAGGGAGUUUGUUGCAGAACGGCAGCAGGGUUUACAGACCUACCUGAAUGCAGUACUUGCUGAACCUCUGCUGGCUAGUUGUGUGUUUGUCAAACAGUUCCUCGAUCCAGACAACUAUACUGACAACAUUCCAGUUCUAGCCCUCCAACAUGUGUCAAUGGUGUUCCGAUCGGAGAAGAGGUGGGAGGUGGUCGAGACACUGCCGGACCUGGGCACGAGACUCCGUAAGACUUACAUGAUGGUGAAGCCUGUUGACCAGCCAAAACAGAGACAACUUCUGUCCUGGGUGGACUUUGGACCAGACAAGAACAUUCCAGAUAAAGAGUUAGCUGCUAUAUUGAAACUGUUUCCUACAAUACAGCACCCUUACAUCCUUCCAUACCCGUUUGCUGGGUGUAUUGAGAGCGGUGGCAUGGUGAUCCAGGAAUAUGUGGAGCGUGGGACGAUGCGGGAUAUGUUGUGUAAAUGUAAACCGAAGACUCACUACUUGAAAAAGUAUUGUAAGCCCAAGACAUUCAUUCCUGUAGACUUGGGUGUGGUUAAAACUCUGGGACGUAUGAUUCUAGAGAGUCUACAGUUUCUACAUGAGAAGGGGCUACCUUAUGGUCACCUCCAUGCAGGUAACCUGUUGUUCAAUGGUAAGAAGUGUCAGUUACUGGAGCUACACAACUCAUUACUGGGUCUACCAUCAUAUUACAGACCAUUUUUUAUACAGUUCAAAAAGAUCAAGACAACUGAAAUUGUGGAUGUUUACUGUUUUGGACACCUGGUAUAUGAGAUGUACUUUGGUGAGCAGCUGAAGCAGCCUACCUGUGACAAGUUUCCCCCGGACUGUCCUCCCCAGCUCAGAUCAGUUCUUGAGUCCAUUUUGACGACUGAAGCUUGUAAAAAUGGACUCCCUACAGUACAAGAUCUGUUGUCUCACACACUGUUCAGUGAUGUCACACUCCCUACAACAGACAAACCCAUCCUUAAGAUCCCUAGUAAACUGAAAGAAGCUAUCCGUCUAGCUAAGGAGGACAUGGAGAGUCGUCUUCAGGAAGAACAAAAAGUUGUUCACAAAAUUAAGAGAAUUUCCAAAGCAAAAGAAUUCCAUAUGUCUGAGGAAGAAAAAAAGAAAAGAAGAAAGUCAAAGAAGAAAGCAUUAGAGAAUGGAGUACCGGAGCCAACCACUGCCACUUCAUCAGAUUCCACUGUGUCAUCCAGUAGUUCAUCAACAAAGACGGCACCACCUUCUGUACCAGCACCCCCUCCACCUCCCCCUGCCAACCCUCCUUCUGCAGGGGUACCGGCCCCACCCCCUCCUCCACCUAUGGGUGCCCCUGCCCCUCCACCCCCACCCCCAACUGCCCCGUCUGGAGACAAGCCGGCCCCUGCAUCUGGACAGAGAGGGGCUCUCCUUAGUUCUAUCAGCGGCUUCAAGAAGGGCGGACUGAAGAAGUGUGUCACGGUGGAUAAAAGUGGUCCGAAGCUUUGACACUUUAUCCGAGCUUAUCUAUUGUUAGUUCUACUGAUGGAAAUGCCUGUCUGGACCACGAUGUUUCAUGUUUCACUACUGUGGGCAUGCCUCUGGUACAGUUUACAACCCCGUACUAUUGUACUAGGCCUAGGUGCCAUAUCUGUACUAUAUAUGAUUUAAAAAUUUCUGGCCCUUGUGUGUUUAUUAUGUGACUAAGUUAUAACUCAACUACAACAUCUUUUUUAUUUGUAAACUAUUGAAGAUAAAAUAACAGCUAUGAAUGAUGAUAAUUAUUUUGAUUUCGACAUUUUAUUGACUUAUUAUGAAUGGAAUUGGGCACAACUUAUUGGAAACCCUUCCCUUGAUGAUGAUUAUGUAGCAAGCAUAUUAUUAUGACAUCACAUAACUAAUUGUUAUGACAUCACAACAGCUUACAAUUGUCAAUUAAUCCUUAUGUAAUUUUUUAUCACAAAAAACGCCAUCUUGUCAAGAUGAAAUGCCUCACUAUUUUAGCUUUUGCUUUAUAAUUUGUGAUAUUUUUAGUUAACCCAGGAUACUCAUUAUAAGGGAAAAGUGUAUGAAUUGUGAUACUGUAGAGUAGGAGACUUGUGUGUUGCUAUUAUAUGUGGCUAUUGUAUAUAUAGUUUAAAUGAA